AUGAGUGGACGAUCGGCGGAAAAUAGUAGCGGUGGCGCCAUCAACAUUGCACAACUUCCGCUUGAGCAGCUGGAGGAGCUGCGGAAACAGUUGCAGGAGGAUGUGAACAGCCUGUCGGCUGCCCAUGAGAGCCUUGUGGGUGCGCAGAAUCGCUUUGCGAGCAACUGCGAGGUGCUGGGUGAGUACCAAAAGGUCUGCGAGGCGGCCCGCGCGAGCCCAGAGAAGCCGCAGGAGGCGCUUAUCUGCAUCAGCAGCGCCCUUUACGCGAGUGGCCGCAUCGUGCCAAGCGACCGUGUGCUGGUAGAUGUUGGAACGGACUACUUUUUAGAGAAGCCGAUGGCAUCCGCCAAGUCGUAUUUCGCAAGCCGCGCCGAUGCGGUGCGCGAAAACAUCGAGUCCCUGGAGCUGAAGCUGCGGAUGAAGCGGGGACAACUCGCGCAGCUGGUGGACACCAUGCGCGCGAAGCAGGCGGCUUUGCAGGAGGCAGCCGCGGCGUGA